AUGUUGUCUUCAAGUCCUGCUUCCUGCACAUCUCCCAACCCGGAUGGGGAGAACACAAGUAAGAUGGUCCAUUGGGCUUCUGGGAGGAAGAGGAGGACAUCAUCAACGGACUCAGAGUCAAAGUCCCACUCAGACCCCUCCAAGGUGUCCAGGUCCCGGAGAUCCAGCCGGCUGACGGUGAAGUAUGACCUGGGGCAGCUCCAGCGCUGGCUGGAGAUGGAGCAGUGGGUGGAUGCUCAGAUUCAGGAGCUUUUCCAGGAUCAACAAGACCCUUCUGAGCCUGAGAUUGACCUGGAGGCUCUCAUGGAACUAUCCACAGAGGAGCAGAAGUCUCAAUUGGAGGUCAUUCUUGGAAACUGCCCCCGCCCCACAGAGCCCUUUAUCUCUGAGCUGCUCAAUCAACUCAAGAAACUCCGGAGACUCAGCCGGCCUCAGAAAUAA